GUGAUCUAUGUACUGAAUGUUACAGAAGUGGUGGUUGUGCCCUGCCGAGUCACUUCACCAGAUAUCAGACCCAAGCUUUUCCAGCAUCCUUUGUCAGUAGAAUUCAGAUAUGAGAAGAUGACCUGGGACCCCAAAAAAGGAUUUAUCAUCCCCUCUCCUCCUUUCCACUUCUUCAAUGGCUUGCUCAAGUGCAUUGCCACAGUAAAUGGAAAUGUGUCCACAUCCUACUACAUGCCACAGAAAGUGGAGGGUAGAGUACAGGGCCUGGCUCUGAAAGCAAAUCCCAGAAGGCUGCUGGUGGGAGAAGCCCUCAGUCUGGAAUGCACCGCAGAGACCUUUGUCAAUGGACGGAUUGAGUUUCAGUGGCAGUAUCCCAGAGGGAGUAAGGAUUAUAAGCCUGUAUCAGCAUUGGACAAAAGUUCAUUGGUGUAUAAAUGCUCCAGCAAUCUGACUAUCCCGCAUGUUACCAUGGAAGACAAAGGCCUCUACAUCUGCCGAGUGGUCAAUGUAACAGGCCUGGAGACCAGUGCAAUGGGGCUGGAAAAAAAUGUCACAGUCACAGUGUAUGACAAAGCUUUCCUCCGGGUUUCCUCUAAGAAAAGCCCCUACUAUGAAGUGACAGCAGGACACAAGUUACUGAAACUGGCUGUGAAGGUGGAAGCCUUUCCCCGCCCAAAUAUUACCUGGUACAAAGAUGGCAAGCCAGUCAAGGAGAACCAUACUUGCUACGAACCUGAUCCAAUGAAGUACAAGCUAGGCAUAAGAGAUGUGAGACCGAAGCAUGCUGGUAAUUACACCAUAGUCCUGAGCAAUGCUAAGCAUGGCCUAUAUGAGAACUUCACUCUCCAACUGGUCGUGACAGAGAGACCAAAAAUCUAUGAAAAGGAGACUGAUUUUGAGAAGGUUGAGCGGGUGGAACUGGGAAGUAAACACAGACUUCAGUGCACUGCAAGUGGCAACCCUGAGCCCGAGAUCCACUGGGAGUGGCAACCAUGCGACCAGACAGGACUUCAAUGCAGACCCCAUCAGCAAAGAGUCGUGGUUCGGGAAAACAUCACUGAGGAAGAUGGGUCCAUGGGCAACAAAAUAAAGAGCAUUGAAACCAUAUCUGUGAUACACGGAGAGAGAAAAAAGAUUGUGAGCACACUGACCACAGAGAGCAGCAGUGCAUCGGGGAUCUAUUACUGUGUGGCUUCAAACAAGAUUGGCACAGAGAAGAGGAGCAUCAAGUUCUAUGUGUCAGAUGUGCCAUUUGGUCUGCAGACAGAGCCCCAGAUCACUGCCAUUGUGGGAAGUGACAUUCAACUGACCUGCAAAGCCUCCAAGUACAUCUACAACCACCUGGACUGGUAUUACCCCUCCUCAGAGGUUGUCCCCAGUGCCUUUAGAAAUAAGAGCAUUAACAACUACUCCAUCUCCUUGAUGCUGGUCAUUACUAACAUCACACAAGACCAUGCCGGGUUGUACAAGUGCCAAGCUCAGAAUCAGCAUAAUUCCACUGACAUGCUGGAGCAAACUACGCAGCUUGUUGUCAAAGCAAAGGCGGUGCCAUAUAUUAUUCAAAACCUCACGGACCUGGAGGUUAACAUCAGCGGCAAGAUCGUGCUGGAGUGCAAAGCAAAUGGAACCCCGACACCUCACAUUACGUGGUGGAAAAAUGGCUAUCUCAUUUCACCUGCUUCAGGGAUUUCCAUGGAAAAUAAUACCCUGAUCAUUGAGCGAGUGAAAAAAGAUGAUGAAGGCCUCUACGAGUGCAGGGUUUCUAAUGAAAUGGGCCAUGACAGUACAAUGGCAUUCAUUAAAAUAGAAGGUUCUGAAGAGAAAUCCAAUAUUGAAGUUAUCAUUUUGGUCUGCACUGGUCUAGCAGCUACUCUCUUUUGGUUGCUUCUGACCCUUUUCAUUCGGAAACUUAGAAAACCUGACGCCACAGAUAUUAAAACAGGAUACCUGUCCAUUAUAAUGGAUCCAGAGGAAAUGCCUCUUGACGAGCAAUGUGACCGGCUCCCAUAUGACAGCAGUAAAUGGGAGUUCCCAAGAGACAGGUUGCGGCUGGGUAAAACACUGGGUCACGGUGCUUUUGGGAAAGUGGUGGAGGCGUCCGCUUUUGGCAUAGAUAAAUCUUCAACCUGCAAAACAGUUGCCGUUAAAAUGCUUAAAGAAUGUGCAACUACUAAUGAGUGCAAAGCUUUAAUGUCGGAACUGAAGAUCCUCAUCCACAUAGGACACCACCUCAACGUGGUCAACCUCCUGGGCGCCUGCACCAAAGCAGGAGGCCCUUUGAUGGUUAUAGUUGAAUAUUGCAAGUAUGGAAAUCUGUCCAAUUACUUAAGAGGCAAACGUGGGGAUUUCAUUGCAUACAAGUCCCAGGAAAACUCGGACCAAGGAGAGAAGAGUCUGGAUGAGUCCAACAGUGAUUUAACAGAGCUGAUCAAGAGACGCCUUGAGAGUGUAGCCAGCACAGGAAGCUCUGCUAGCUCAGGGUUCAUUGAAGACAAGAGUUACAGUGACUCUGAGGAGGAUGAAGAGGAUACCGAGGAUCUGUACAAGCGACCUCUGACCUUGGAGGACCUGAUUUGCUAUAGUUUCCAAGUGGCAAAAGGCAUGGAAUUCCUGGCCUCCAGAAAAUGCAUUCAUCGGGACUUGGCAGCAAGGAACAUCCUUUUGUCUGAAAACAAUGUAGUUAAGAUCUGUGACUUUGGCCUAGCGCGGGACAUUUACAAAGAUCCUGACUACGUCCGGAAAGGAGAUGCAAGACUUCCUCUUAAAUGGAUGGCUCCAGAAGCUAUUUUUGAUAAGAUUUAUACAACCCAGAGUGAUGUAUGGUCUUUUGGAGUGUUACUAUGGGAAAUAUUCUCACUAGGUGCCUCACCAUACCCAGGGGUGCAGAUUGAUGAGGAUUUUUGCCGCCGCCUCAAAGAAGGAACUCGGAUGAGAUCGCCAGAGUAUUCUACCCCAGAAGUUUAUCAAACUAUGCUGGAUUGUUGGCAUGGAGUACCCACGGAGAGGCCCACCUUCACAGAGCUGGUUGAACGCUUAGGAGACCUCCUCCAGGCAAAUGUUCAGCAGGAUGGCAAAGACUAUAUUCCACUGAACAUCACAUUAUGCCCUGAUGGAGAAUCUAACCCAAAAACCUGCCCAGUGGAAGACAAUUUGAGCAGCCGCAUUAACCGCUGGAGUGCAGUAGAAGCAAGUAUUAACAGUAAGAAGCGACCACUGAGUGUGAAGACAUUUGAUGAGGUGCCAGUGGAGAAGGAGAAAGUUAUGCAUGAGGAAAGUGAGUCGGACAGCGGGAUGGUGCUGACUUCUGAUGAGAUGAAAAGCCUGAAGAGGCUGGAAAUCCGCUCCUGGCCCUACGGGAUUAUGGCUCUGGCGAGGAGGGCUGUCAGCAAGAGCAAAGAGUCCAUUCUAUCUGAUCACGAGCGUGAAGCUGUGAAAUACCAGCCAACAGUGCAGGUCGAAGAGGACACCUUGGAUUUCACACUGGAAGACUCAGUUCUUCUGCCAAUGGAUCCAAACCUGGAAUGUCACAGUCCACCACCAGAUUACAACUCUGUCAUCCACUACUCCACCCCUCCAGUGUAAGGAGUCCAGUCCAAGCCAGGUCCUGUUGCGGCUCUUUCUACAAUGCUGGAUUCUAACGUUCUUCCACACUUGUACAGGUUGUUUAAAGGGACCAGAGUUAAAGGGGAGAAGGGAAAUCUCUCAGCACAUGGGUUGAUAUGUCUCUUUUUGAUGCAUCCCUUUGUGAAUGGAAACACUUUAAAAGCAGUUACAGCACUACCUUAAAGGCAUAUUUCAGUUUAGCCAGUCAAUUAACAGUCUACAUACUAAAAGAAAAAAAUAGAAGCUACGGCCCCUGCUCCUUCCUCUCCUCCCAGGAUUUCUCAGUGGCAAAUGCAGAUAUGCAUGCCACUUCAGGAGCAUUCUGCUCGUUCCAUAUGAACCACUGAGGAGAGCAAAGUUGAAUAUAAUGUUGAAUCAGCCAUGCCUGUGCCCUGCAAGGAUUACAUAAUAGGUGCUGUUGGGGGAUCACUAAAGAACUGCAGCUACAAACUUUGAUUUGGAUUUGGGGAACAAAUGAAAAAUUCAAGAUUAUUGUUUUAAAAAGUGAUGGGGAUUUUAUUGUCCCUCCCCAAAUGCAUUUGAAAUAGGCAUACAUGUUUUGCUUAAAGCUGGGAAUCUAAUAUUGUGUACGUGCUAUGACAUCAUGUUUCUGUUUACCUUCUGAAUGCCAAUCUCUCUAAAAGGAAGCACUCCCUCCAGAUUUAAUGGCUGAUGCCCAGCACAGUUUGAUCUCUGGAAUGCCAACCUGUACCAAACUGUGAUACUUCAGUGUGUACCUAGGGAACAGCCUGACCCCCUUGCCAAGGUAAACAUCAGCGUGGCAUACAAUGCCCUCUGCACCCAAACUCUGCGUGCGCCAGUCAGAGCUCUUAGAAGUCUAAUCGUCAGAGCCCAACUGGAUCACAGAUCUACAGAGCUAACAUUUGAAAGAGAGCUUCCCCUCUUCCCCCCCCCAGAUGUGUGUGCAGCAGGGUUUGAAGGUUUGCGAGCACACAUACCCAUGUCCUUCUUGCAGCAGCCUCACAAGCAUGAAAAUAAUCCUUGCCAUUUGAAUGUACUGUGAAGUAAUCUCAACUGGCGUUAGAAAUUGAGGAAGAGAUGAAACAUCUAGGUUGUCAAAUCUAAAGCGCAGCUGAGGGAGAUGCUCAUUGACAGUCAAGCCUGUAACCUUUUAAAAUUAUAGCUCUGUGCAGGGGAUCUGUAUGCAUAUUCUCUUUGUGGGAGAACCUACACAGCCCCUUCCCUUCCCACAGGUUUGACACUGUGUUUUGACUUCUUCAGAGGGAGAGAGUUUUUUCAAUGAACAUAAGCCAAAGGAAAUUUAAAAAAAAACAAAUUUAGCAAACAAUAUGGUCACCUCCCCCUAACUUAUUCUACAUUAUAAAAACAACCCAGACUGUCUCAUAACAUUAAAAAUGCUUAGGCAGAACUGAUUACAUUGAAAUAAAUAGGAAAGAAGCCUCAGGUAUUAUCACAGGGGAAAUGACAGGCCCAGCACCACGUUAACUGUGAAUGGCAACGCAUCUGAAAAUGGGGUUCUUGGGAACUGAGGUCCUGGUUCUCUUUAGCUUCAGAGUUAAUCUAUAUAAAAAUAAAAGAUAAGAGAUAUGAAGUAACUCACAAUCCCCUUGUUUGCAGCAGACCUGCCAGAGAGUUGUGGUCUGUAGUUGCUUUAUGGUCAUUUUUGCACUUCUUUGUAUUUUAGUUGCUAUGCAUUAACUAGAGCUGGUCAAAUAAUGAGAGAAAAUUGGUGAGGAAAAAUGUAUCUACAGAGCUUUCUGUUGCUUGUUAGAUCAGUUGUUCGGUGAAUAUUAAAUUAACCAUCCAUAGGUCCAUUUGAAUAAUAAAAUACUUGGCUUACAAAUUAUUUAUUCUCAAGACAAAUGGAAAAAAAAAUGUGCCCAUAAAUAAUUUGGCUAGCUCUAGCAUUAAUGGUGUUGAUGUGAGGUGGUUUGAUGUUGUGCCUUGCUCUGUAGCUUGUGAGAAAUUAUGGUGUGUAGAAAUCUUUGCUUGUGAAAUCUAAAUAUAAGGAAGCAUCAGGAAAAAAAAUAACAGCUGCAAGUAUAUAAAUGUACUCUCCAUUUUUAAAAGAAAAUUGGAAACACUGCUGUGCUAAUUAGCUGCUUCCAAGAAAGUUCAACAUAUUUUCCCCUUCCUUUUUCUUAAGAACAGAAUUUGCAGGGCCUUAUCUGAAACUAAAGGCAUGGGGAGGGUGUUAUCUAAGUAGAACCCAAGGGGCACUUCUCUAUUUAAGGAAACUGUGCACGUAGAGAGUCUCUUUAUGGCUGUUGGCCAGCAUCCCUCAGGGCUGCUCUUGCGUCACAUGAAGUUGUCUAACAACACGAAAGUACAACCCCACGCACUGGGGAACCCCGGUUUAAUCACUGGUUCCACCGACAGGCCUGUUAAAAUGGAGGGUCUCUUUGUAGUCCCGGGGUCAGGAGCUUUCUAGGGCUUGCCAUGCCUAGGAUGCCAACGAUCAGUUCUUCAGCGACCCAUUCAUCUCGGGCAGUGGGUGGAAGGUUUUGGUUUAAUCCUGCCAGCCCCACAGCAUUUAGAAAAUGCUUCCAAGAAGCUGCAAAUGACAUGUUCACACAGACGUGUUUCCAAUUUUUGCAUGGGGAAAUUAUUUCCCCUUGUUGGUAAAUGCAACCAGCAAAAACAUUGCCUGAAAAGUAUUAUUGAACAUA